GAGCCCGCAUUACUAGCCGGCCCAGUGAGGCCCGGCCCCGGGCCUGGCCCGCCUAACCUGCGGCCCAUGGUGCUGCCCCCCUGCCCCAUGGCGGAGUUCGCGCUGCCGCGGCACAGCGCGGUCAUGGAGCGCCUCCGCCGGCGCAUUGAGCUGUGCCGGCGCCACCACAGCACCUGCGAGGCCCGCUACGAGGCCGUGUCGCCCGAGCGCCUGGAGCUCGAGCGCCAGCACACCUUCGCCCUACACCAGCGCUGCAUCCAGGCCAAGGCCAAGCGCGCCGGCAAGCACCGGCAGCCGCCCGCGCCGGCCGCGGCGCCUGCCCCGGCUCAGCGCCUAGACGCCUCCGACGGCCCCGAGCACGGCCGCCCAGUCGGGCAUCUACAUGAUACGGUGAAGAGGAAUCUUGAUAGUGCUACCUCCCCUCAGAAUGGUGAUCAGCAGAAUGGCUAUGGAGACCUCUUUACUGGGCAUAAGAAGACACGCAGAGAAGGCCCUCUGGUAGUGGCUGUCUCUGCCAAUGGCCUGCCUCCAACCUCUCCCCGGGGGCAGCAUGACAAGCCUCCUGGUGGAGAUGCCCUCCAGCCCAGUGGAAAGCACUCCCUGGCCCUUGACUCUGUCAACAAAAAGUGUCUGGCUGACUCGAGCCUUCACUUGAACGGAGGCAGUAAUGCCACUGAGUCCUUCCCUAUGAGCUUGAACAAAGAGCUAAAGCAGGAGCCUGUUGAUGACCUUCCCUGCAUGAUUGCUGGGGCUGGGGGCUCCAUAUCACAAAGCAACCUCAUGCCUGACCUGAAUCUGAAUGAACAGGAGUGGAAGGAGCUCAUUGAGGAGCUGAACCGGUCAGUGCCUGAUGAAGACAUGAAGGAUCUCUUCAAUGAGGACUUUGAAGAGAAGAAGGACCCCGAGUCUUUGAGUUCUAACACACAGACCCCCUUGGCACAGGACAUUAAUAUUAAGACAGAAUUCUCCCCAGCAGCCUUUGAGCAAGAACAGUUAGGCUCUCCACAAGUGAGAGCUGGGUCUGCAGGACAGACCUUCAUGGGGCCUUCAUCUGCCCCUGUGAGCACAGCUUCCCCCAGCCUUGGGUCUUCUCAGACCAUGUUCCACACUUCUGGUCAGCCUGGGGUGGAAAAUCCCAGUGCAAAUCUGAUGCCGGCAUCAUCCCAGACCCAGAAUGCACAGAGAGCCCUCUCCAGUGUGGUACUUCCCAGCCAGGGUACGGGAGGGGGUGCAGAGCUAUCGUCUGCCCACCAGCUCCAACAGAUUGCUGCCAAGCAGAAGCGUGAGCAGAUGCUUCAGAACCCACAGCAGGUUGCCCCGGCCCCAACCCCAGGCCAGAUAUCCACGUGGCAGCAGACAGGGCCCUCACACAGUCCCUUAGAUGUUCCUUAUCCCAUGGAGAAGUCUGCCAGCCCUCCCAGCUACCAGCAAGAUUUCAGUAACUCCAAACUGCUUAUGAUGCCCAGUGUGAACAAGAGCUCCCCUCGCCCUGGAGGCCCCUACCUCCAGCCCAGCCACGUGAACCUGCUGAAUCACCAACCACCAAGUAACUUAAGUCAGAACUCCGUGAAUAGCCAAGGCCCUGUGCUGGACUAUGGGAAUACAAAACCCCUUUCCCAUUACAAAGUGGACUGUGGGCAAGGAAGCCCUGGUCCUGGCCAGAGCAAGGCAGCUAUGCUGGCUUAUCUGCCCCAGCAGCUGUCUCACCUGAACAGCGAGCAGAAUCCCUUGUUUCUUAUGAAACCAAAGCCAGGAAACAUGCCCUUCAGGUCCCUGGUUCCACCUACCCAGGAGCAGAAUCCUGCUAAUGUUCCUCACACAUCCACAUCCGUGCCAACUCAGGCCACUAGUGUGGGGACCCAGCCACCUGCUGUGUCUGUGAGCAGCACUCACAACAGCGCUCCCUAUCUCAGUAGCCAGCAGCAGGCAGCAGUAAUGAAGCAGCAUCAGUUGAUUUUGGACCAACAGAAACAGAGGGAGCAGCAGCAAAAGCACUUGCAACAGCAGCAGUUCUUACAAAGGCAACACCACCUUCUAGCAGAACAGGAGAAGCAGCAAUUUCAGCGCCAUCUGACUCGCCCACCACCUCAGUACCAAGAUCCUACACAAAACACCUACUCACAACAGGUCGGACAGUUCACAGGGUCCUCUGCUGUUGUGCCUGGCAUGAAUAACUUGGGUCCACCCAACCCCAGCUGUCCUCGAGCAUUCCCUCCAACUGGGAAUCUCAUGCCAAUGGGCCCUGGUCACAGUGCGGUUUCUUCUCUGCCCUCCAGCUCAGGCCAGCAAGAUCGGGGUAUGACUCAGUUUGCUGGCUCUCAGAGCAGUAUCUAUGGCAUGACCUCGAGCAUAACACAAAUGGUUGCCCAGCCCCCCACCCAGGCCACCAAUGGACACACCCACAUUCCACGGCAGGCCAAUGUGAGCCAGAACACCUCAGUCUCGGCUGCCUAUGGGCAGAACUCUCUGGGGAGCUCUGGCCUCUCUCAGCAGCAUGGUAAGGGUACCCUGAACUCUACUCUAACUAAGGCACAGGUCCCAAGAGUUUCAGCAGCCAUGGGAAGCCAGAAUCCCUCGUGGCAACAUCAGGGAAUGCCAAACUUGAGUGGUCAGCCCCAAGGGAGCCCCAGCGUAAGCCCCUUCACUGCAGCCUCCAAUUUCCACAUGCAGCAGGCCCACCUGAAAAUGUCCAGCCCACAGUUCACCCAGGCUAUGCCCAGCAGACCUAUGGCCCCUAUGAGCUCAGCAGCUGCAGCAGGCUCCAUGCUGCCCUCCGUGAACACACAGCAGAGGACCAGUGCACCUGCGCCACCACCUCCACAGGGACCCCCACAGCAGGUCCUACCAGGACUGAGUCCGGCUGUGCCUGAGCUGGGGGCCUUCAACCAGAGCCCAGCCCCACAGAUGGGGGGCAGGGCGGGGCUGCACUGUGCCCAGGGCUACCCAGUGCGGACUGCGGGCCCGGAGCUGCCCUUUGCCUACAGCGGGCAGCCAGGCAACAGUGGGCUGUCCAGCAUGGCUGGGGAUACUGACCUGAUUGACUCCCUGCUGAAAAACAGGACUUCAGAAGAAUGGAUUAAUGAUUUGGAUGACCUUCUAGGGUCACAGUAA